AUGACUGGUCUACUUUCAAGCUGGUCUAAGGAUCUUCAAUCCGUGCCUGAGAGCUUCAUAUUCCCACCAGAUCAAAGACCUAGUUCAGAUCUAGUAUCUGAAUUCAACAACCCUUUUGUGGAUCUCAACAAUUGUGAUCAAUUUGAAACCAUACACAAGAUUCUUGAAGCAGGCAAAGACUUGGGCUUCUUUCAGGUGAUUAAUCAUGGGGUUUCUGAGAAUGUAGUUCAUGAGACAAGGGAAGUGGUUAAAGAAUUCUUUGCCAUGCCAUGUGAAGUCCAAAGAAGAUCAUUUAAAGUGGAUGCAACAAAAAGAUGUAGACUUUACACUAGCACUUUCAAUUAUGAUAAGGAAGAGAUCCAUUUAUGGAGAGAUAACUUAACUCAUCCUUACCAUCCUUUUCAUGAUUCUCUACACCUUUACCCCCAACUCCCUAUAAGAUAUCGGGAGGUUGUUAGAAACUAUUGUGGUCAGGUAAAGAAGCUUACCACAAGAAUUCUUGAGCUGAUCGGAUUAGGGCUGGGUCUAGAAGAAGGAUAUUUUGAGAAGGAAAGGAGGAGUGAUGUUCAUUUAUUCUCGGUUAAUCAUUACCCACUUUGUCCACAACCGAGUUUGACUCUUGGAAUGCAUAAACACUUUGAUCCUAAUCUCAUUACCAUUCUAAACCAAGGAGAUGUGGAUGGUCUUCAAUUCUAUAGGGAUGGCCAAUGGAUUUCAACUGAAAUUAUGCCAAAUUCAUUUAUUGUCAUCAUUGGAUGUCAAAUGCAGAUGGCUAUUGGAGAAACGACAUUGGUUGCAGAAGAAUUAGCCGCUGUGAAGAUUUGA